CCCUGCUGCGGGGGGUGCAGGGGCUGAUGGUGGCCGCCCUGCUGCUCUCGGCCCUCGGCCUCCUCCUCUUCCUCUGGCAGCUGCUGGGGGGGCCCCGCGGGCGCCCCUUCCUGCCCUCGGCCGCUGCCCAGCUGCUGGCAGGGCUGGCGGCGCUGCUGGGGGCGGGGCUCUUUGUGUCCGGCGGGGGCGGGGCCGGGGGGGGCGGUCCCGGGCACUGCCCCGCCCUGGCCGGGCUGGGAGGGGCCCUGGCGCUGGCCAGCGGGGGGGGCUACCUGCGCCUGCGGGCACGGGACUGA